GCGUAUCCCCCAUGGGCGGUCAACUUCCUCCUUCUAGUCCAACAGUGCAGUAUUACCAGCGCAGCACCGUUCACCCGCUACACCCUGUGCUAGAAAUUCAACUCACCGGAAAACGCUGAACCGUUGUUUUGGCUAAAGUCCGUCACCCAAACAACAUCGAUCGAUAGGAAGUGGAAUUUAACUGAUAACGUUAGUUGUUGUGGGUGUCUUUUAUUUUCUUUUAGCUCAAGGAUUGUGUACUUUUUUGCCUGUUUUAACAGAUCCAAAAACGAUUAAUCUCUGUCUGUCCCACUGUCCAGGCUGUCAGCAUGGGAGGGUUUUUGAUGGAGGCGUGUGUGGACUCGGUGGAGUCUGCUGUCAAUGCUGAACAAGGAGGUGCAGGUCGACUUGAACUGUGUUCUAGUCUUCUGGAGGGUGGACUCACUCCAAGUCAGGGUCUGCUGCAUGUAGUGAAGCAGUGUGUCAAAAUUCCGGUCUACGUGAUGGUACGGCCUCGUGGGGGGGACUUCCUGUACUCCGACCAGGAAGUGGAGGUGAUGAAGAAGGACAUAGAGCUGAUGAAGAGGCACGGGGCCGACGGACUAGUCCUGGGCGCCCUGACUGAGGAUGGGCGGGUUGACGCUGAGCGCUGUAUGGAGUUUCUGGCUGCUGCUCAACAUUUGCCUGUCACCUUCCACCGAGCUUUUGACAUGGUGCAUGACCCAAUGGCUGCCCUGGAGACUCUGGUAUCGUUAGGGUUCCAGCGUCUUCUGACAAGUGGCUGUGAGAACUCUGCUUUGGAGGGACUCCCUGUCAUUAAACAGCUCAUUGAUCAGUCUAAAGGAAGGAUUGCCAUCAUGCCAGGAGGAGGAAUCACUGACAGGAACCUGCAGAGGAUUCUGGAGGGCACGGGGGCUCAAGAGUUUCACUGCUCAGCCCGUUCCAGCAGGGAUUCCGCCAUGAAGUUCAGGAACACGUCUGUGACAAUGGGAGCUUCUUUCUCAGCACCAGAGUACGGUCUGAAGGUGGCAGAUGUGAGCAAGGUCCGCACUCUUAUCGCAAUAGCCAGAAAUACCAUGUGAAUCAGUGCUGUACAAUCAUGACAAAUAACAAAACCGAUACCUCAAAAGUGAUCAUUAGCAAUUAUACUGAUAUGUCAUUGUUUAUUUUAUUUUUGAUUAUUGAAGUACAGAAUAAGUCAACAUUUUUUAACCUUUUCUACUUUUUAUGUAAAUCUCCAAUCAAACAAUCCUGAUAAAGUAAAUGCUCAGGGAAAUGCCUUCACAGUAUCACACAGUGCGGAAUGAUGAAUAUUUACAUCUGUUAUUGUUCACCUGUAUUUUGAUUCAGGAAAAGGUGUAAUAAAAUACAAUACACAGGUACACAAUCCAUUUCAAAAUGUCAAAUUAUUGUGUUUUUAAUACAACGAAACAGGACGGAUCAGUGCUGCAGCUGCUAUUAGAACAGAAUGGUUUCAAGUUGCCAUGUGUUAGGGGAGUCUCUCACUGGGACACUAUGCACUAAUUUCCACUGCACCAUAUUGGUGACAUAUUUAUAUUAAUCUUAUAUUAUCUUUCUGUGGGUCUUUAAGUGCUGAAAAAAUAAUAUGGAAAAGCAGAAGUUGUCUUUUGAGAGUUCAUUCUCUGUGUGGAGAUGCUUCAAUAAUCACACAAAAUACAAAUGGUCUGAUUGGGGAAGAACCGUGUUGGUGACUUAUACAUUUUUUUACAGUACAACAUAAUGUGGUGAAAAUGACAUCCUUUACUUUAUGUUGUACAUUGCGAGUUUGCUUAAUCCAAAAUAGUUUGUCAAUAAAUCUAAAUGAGCUAAUUGAUCAUGUUUUCAAAUUAAAUCUCUUAUUAAAUUAGUUUGAGAAAUAGGACAUACAAGUGUCUUUACUUCAUUUAAACUCUUUGUAAUUAAUGUUCAUGAGUUUUGAGUGAUGUUAGUAUCUUCAUUUUCAUUCAUAUAAAACCAGUCAGUGAACCUAGGAGGUGUCUUAGGAAGGUGUGGAUCGACUCAACAAUAAUUGGGGCAGUGACAUAACGUCUGUAUAAUACGAUGCAAUGUCAGAAUAGACAUAUCAUUUUAAAUAUCACUUGGAUACAAUACUUAAUUGUUCAAUUAUUUUCUAUCAUGAACA